CUAGCGAUUUGCUUGUAUCGUGGCACUGAAACGGGUGAACGACCAUGGAAUAAAUAUAAAACAGGGUUCCUGCAGCUGGGACGGCACUUGCCUCUGGAACCUCAUCAACAGCCACGAUGUCAUCCAACCUCGUCGUAUUCUUGGCCCUUGCAGUCGCGGUUCCCACAGCUCUGGCAGCGACGUGCACGGUGUGCAAAACCAACUUUGACAGCGUCUACAACAGUGCCUCCACGACGAAUGGCCAGAAAUGCGAUGCCAUUAAGGCGUACGGUGGAUGUCUAUCGAAGGCAAGCGGAGAUGGAUGCACUGCUGUGAUAACCAGGUCUGGGGAAGCUUCGGCUGCAGUUCUCGCCCUUUCCCUAGCAGGAUACACCUGUGCACUAACAUCUACAUGUGUUUGUGAACUCGCCUACCUGGGAAGAUCAAUGACAACCAAUGACUUGAUGUGUGUAGCUGCAGCCAAGUAUGUAGAGUGUACUUACAUGACUACGUCCGCUGGGUGUGACUCGACCAAGACAAGCGCUGAUAUGCGCUAUGCAGCCAGGAUGAAGACCACAACACAUUGCGGAUGUGCCGCUGGCAACGCUGUCCGAGUCUCCUUCAUCAGUUUCGUGUUCGUCGUUGUUGGGAUGUUUCUGAAGAACUAGACGCGGACGACAGCCACUACCUUCCAACGGACGGUCAUAACAGAGUGUUUUCCUCAUUCAGUAGUCAUCAGUUUACAUGUAUAAAGUACAUAACAUCUUCUUCAGUUGAUCGGUUUUUAGUAUCUAUCGUCUUAUUUCGGCUGGAGAAACAGCACCACCUCUUAAUUUCCAGACAAUGCGAAUGACGUGUGAUGUGAGUUUCACUGAAUUAAACUGCUUUGUCUUGUU